AUGGUAAAGGUUCUGGUGAACACAGUAAGUUCAUAUCCUGACGGGCAGAAAAAAGAUGUAGGAGGACAUGGAAACAAAAUGAAGGGCCUGUGGCCCGCCUCCAGCAACAAUGGACGAAUCACAGUGGCGGAGCGUCGGCCAGAGAUUCAGCCACAAAAUGAUCAGGGCGUGGCAAAACACCAACAGUUGCUUGGACAUUUGGCACUUCAUGAGGACAGCAGUGGGCUGCGCCACCGACUCUCAUCCACUUUAUGCCGGCUUCAUGAACAAACGGAGCCACAAGCUCUAAAGGAAGCCAAGCGAGCUGAACUGGAGGCCAAGUUGGUGCACCCCACAGAUCUGCUGCGAAACAUCAGCAGAGCUGAGAUGGCACGUCACUGCAAAAGGACAACAAGAAGCAGCUCAGAGAUGGAGACCUUGAUUUCGGAACUGAUUGAGGCCUACAGCGGGCACAGAGGAUGCAGCUCAUUGGGAGUUCCACUCAUCAACUUGGAGAGAAUGGCAGAGAUAUGGAAGGCUCAGAAGAAGCACCUCAGCUGUCUGCAGGACCCACCAGGAGUACUCCUGUACAUGGAGACUGGCACCAUAAAGGAAGGGGGGCACGUUCUGGAAACAUAUCGGCGUGCGAGAGGCUCCACUUCCCUCGAGUGCUUCCACCUGCACAUGAACAGGUUUAUUCCUGGAACACUGGCAAGUGACAUCUUUCUUCAGGCGUAUCUGUUGGAUGGCCUGGCCAGGUGGAACGAAGACCGGAGCAUGUCAGCAGAAGGGAGAUCAGAGCCUCCAGUUCCUCAGGAACCUCCCUCGCGGCUAGCUAGUCCUUGAGCACGCUGGAGAGCCCCUGAAGGAAGACAACAACCAGUGCGUCAUCAGGCCAGCUGGAGCUUGCCGCCAGCGUCCGGAACCUCACUGCAUAGGACGGCACGCUGUCAUCUCUUUGUUUGAGCCGGAGCAGCCCAGAAGCAGCCGCGCGGUGCGGCGUGGAGGGGUCAAACGGUCAAACACCACGAGGAGUUGAGUGGAGAAGGCCCUGAAGGAACGAACCACCUCCGCUCCUCGAUCCCACUCAGCCAGCCCCCACCUCUUGGAAACUCAAAGCAAAAGCCACCUUGCUCUGCUGCUCUGAGGGGAAUUCGCUUGGGUUAAAGUCAAAAUGGAGCCGACAGGAGGUGAGGAAUGGUCGACAAUCCUCUGCGGUACCAGCAAAAGGUUCAGGAUAACCCAAACGGACCUGUCGAGGCGGAGUAAGCGCUUGCUCCAGUCUGGCUAAACGUCCAUGUAAUUGCUGCAAUCCAGACAUGCAGUUGCGGAGCUCCUGGGUCAAAACAGGAAGGCUGGCUUCUCCUGUUGCACCUUCACCAGAGGCAGGUUAAGGAAGGAAGCGUCUUGUUUCCGGGUUCUUCCUGCUGGGUCUGACACUUGGGUGGAACCGCAGAAAUAACGGUCAUUAAUCUGAGUUCAAAAAGUGUUUUAAUAACAAAACUUCCUGCACUGACUGUGGGAACCAAAAACAUAAACCAAAAUCGAUCCACAAACAACUAGGUGAGACAACUCCACGCUGAGGACUGGCAGCAGUGGCCUGAAAUAGUGUGAGGGCAAUCAUGGUGAUGUGGUUCAGCUGCAGCACUCCAGGAGGUUCACAGGGAAGGGGAGGGCUCCUGAGAGGAGCUGCAGCUGACCUGAACAAAAUAACAGAACAGGGUUAAACAAACACAAAAAUGGGCGAAUCAUAACAGAUGGAUCCAAAAAUUAUUUGUAAUCUUUAAAGGGGUCAAAGGAUGGCUUACAGUGUCCUUGUGUGACCCGGCAGUGGUGGCAGGAAUCACCAUCGGAUUGGAAGAGGGGGUUUCCAGCUGAGAUGGGUAGGUAAUGCAGUCUGCAUCAGCGUUCCUCUGGAAGCAUGAGUGAACAGAAAGUUAGUUGACUGCAGAGUACUUGAGAGUUUUCUGAUUUUACUGUAAUGACUAACCAACUGGCCUCUCAGAUCAGUAGAUGAGACUCAGCUACAGAGACUGGGACUGGUGCCAGGGACCCCUCUGCUGGAGAGAAAAUGAAGAAGAUGAGAAUCAGAAGAGAGAGAGGCAAGCCAACAACUACAUGACUGCUGGGAUAUGACAAACUAUUUGUUACUUCAGUGAUAAAAUCUGAGUGACUUUAAAAACAGGACAGAAUAUUAGUUGGUUUGUAUUUCACAAACAUCACAGAAUCUGUAAUAUCAAUAAUCAAUAAGAACAUUAUUACUUGAAAUUUAAAUCAGCUAUUCUAUUUAUUUCUUAUGCAGGUAUUGCAGACGCACCCAGACACAGGAGAAAGACAUUCUUGAACAGGGCAUUCUGGCACCAAAGCCAGCCAUUUCCGGUGAUACCAGUCAGCACCACAGCACAAAGCCAUUCAACCUGCUCCAUCACACAAACCACACACCUUCGUCCUUCAUCCCGACACGGCUGGAACAGCAAAACUGAAAGUGAAAAAGUCAGAGCACAGUGCCCACCUCAGCCUCAGAACACAGGACAGUUGUCUGUGGAAAUUUUUCCACCAGCAACCUCAUCUGGUCCCACCUAUUCUGUCCCUUCUUUUAUUCCAAUCCAGCCACUUCCUUUGGAGAGGCUAGCCAUUAGCGUGCCUAGGCUGGCCACUAGCUGACUAGUGACUCUCCGAGACAUACUAAUGGCUAGCCUCUCAGAUGCUAAUGCCAGCCUAUCCAUGCUAAUGGUCCGUCAAGGAGGUAGGAAAUCCAGCUAGUGGCAAGCCUAAGCACGCUAAUGCUAAUGCUAACACCAGCCUGUCCAGGCUAACGCUAGCCUAUCCAUGCUAAUAGACAGCAGAGGGAGUGUGAGAUCCAGUCAAUGACCAGCCGAGGACUGCUAGUCCCUAGCAUAUCUAGUAGUGACGCCGGUAAAGGUGCUACUUCUCAGUAAGCAGCGCCAGCCUCUCAGU